CACCAUCAUGCCGAUUUUGGUGACCUCUGGUAUAUAAAUGCUAGAUCGUCAUACACACCCAACAUCCCCCACCCUCGAAUAUGACCGUUGUCUCAAAUAAUCCCAGUUGGUGGCCCAUCAUCAAUCUCAGUAUUUUGUACAGCUAUUUGAUAGUUGCUGCAGCCUUCGUGGUAGUAUACGAUUGGGUAUUAACACUCCCACAAGAGAUUGACCUCAUUUGGACGCAACGCUGGUCUCUCAUGACCGUGCUGUACCUAGUCACACGCUAUGUUGGAAUAUCAUUUUGGGUUCCUGGCGUUAUGGGCAAUAUCAUGUUCAAUGCAACAAAUGGGGCAACUGUGGUCAUAACUGCCAUGUUGGACGUCAUCAUGAUUGCUCGUUUGCAUGCCAUGUACCAGAGAUCUAGGAGGAUGCUUAUCUUCCUUGUUAUCAUCUUCCUGGUUGUAAACAUCGCCUGCGGAGCAAUCACGAUCAUAGGACUCAAGUAUCAUUUCGCAUCGGAGGAACUCAUACUCUCUGGUAUUCAUAUAUGCACUGCCACAUCUGAGGGGGAUUCCCAGCUUCUGGUAUCAAUGGUCUGGAUGCUCAACACUGUGUGGGAGGUCCUCGCACUGUGUCUUUCAGUCUGGAUCGCUGCAAAGCACUUCUGUGACCUACGACGACUCGGCCCAUUGACGGGAUCGACCAUCGGGGACUGUUUCAGAGUGCUGAUGGAAUCUCACGUGCUUUAUUUUGCAAGCUUUGCCGGUGUCUCUUGCCUCCAGCUUGUUUCUCUCUCUCCAGAGCUCCAGAAUUCGAAUCCUGUAACAGCUACAAUAGUCUAUGGUAUUGUGGCAAAUUUAUUAUCCGUGCAGAUGUUUGUGCUGGGACCACGCCUCAUCCUUAGCGUUCGACAAUAUCACGCUAAACUCGUGGCCGAAUCCGACGCAGAAACUAGCAUGAAUUCGAUUGUCUUCCAGGAGCGUAUGCAUGUACCAACUAGCAGUACUGUGUAGGAAAUGGUUGCCGAGUGUUCCACAUGGAGAAGAUAUUUGGUCGAGGAUCCGUCGUAUUUAUUUUGGUUAUGGCGUCUCAAAGUAUAUUUUAAACGAGGUUUAUGUAGACAAAACCCAU